CCAUCUCCCUCCAUCUUCCGGCCUGGUGACGCGGCGGUGACACCAGUCCAGCUGUCUCCUCUGUACACACACACACACACACACACACACACACACACACACACACACACACACACACACACACACACACACACACACACACACACGCCCAUCAGCUGGAGGAGGGAGGAGGAGGGAGGAGGCGGACGUGAGUCCGGCCAGAGCGACUUCCUCAACGGCAUCAGAGCAGAUAAGAGCUCCCGACGCGAUCAUGGAGGAUCCCGCCCCCCGCCACGGUGGCUCCGUGUUCGCUGGGCUGGUUGGAGCAUCGCAGGUCCUGGGUCUGGUCUCGGUGGUGCUGACCGGCGUGUGGAUGGGUCACUUUCGAGGGGGCUUCGCGUGGGACGGCUCGGCCCAGGAGUUCAACCUGCAUCCUCUGUGCAUGGUGCUGGGCCUGGUCUUCCUCCAAGGGGACGCCAUCCUGGUCUACAGAGUGUUUCGUAAUGAAGCCAGAAAGAGCGUGAAGCUGCUCCACGGCACCAUUCACCUGCUGGCUCUCAUCAUCAGCAUCGUCGGGAUCGUAGCCGUGUUUGACUUUCACAGAAAGGCCCAGAUCCCCGACGUAUAUUCUCUGCACAGCUGGUGCGGCAUCGCCACCCUGGUCCUGUUCUGUUUACAGUGGGUAAUGGGUUUGCUGUUCUUCCUGUUUCCCGUGGCGUCGGCAUGGUUGCGGGCCACAUACCUCCCCGUCCACGUGUUCUGCGGCCUGAUGCUGCUGGUCAUGGCCAUCGGGACCAGCCUGCUCGGCAUCACAGAGAAUCUCCUCUUCAGAAUUAUGCCCACCUACUCCCAGUUUGCUCCAGAAGGGGUCCUGGCCAACACCCUGGGGAUCCUGCUGGUGCUCUUCGGGGUGCUGCUGUGUCACCUGAUCACCAGGGAGGAGUACAGGAGCCCCCCAAACCCCGAGGAAGAGUCUCUGUCCGUCCACUUCAAGACCCUGACGGAGGGGGGGUCCCCAGCGUCCCCCUGACGGAGGGGGGGUCCCCAGCGUCCCCCUGACCUGCUUCAGAUCCCUGACAGCUCAUCAGAAAAGGUGCACGUCUCAACGUAUAGCUUUGGUUCAGUGAAGUAAAGGAUGAGGGGCGGGAGCUGGAACGACCAACGCCUCCUGCCAACCGGACCCACCACCAGAACUGGAGUUGAGGGGGGAUGAGGGGGGAUGGCAUCCCACCCUGAAAUAAAAACGGUCCAAAUCAUCCCCCCUGUAAAACUGUCAUCCCUCCUUUCCAUCCCUUAUGUCAUUUCAUCAAUGAAUGUGGUUUUACUGCUAUUUCAACAUUUAGAGUCAUCACCAGAAAAAUAACACCAGAAAAAUAACUUAUUUGAU